CCCGGUGCAGCCGGCCGCAUCGCUCAAUUAAUAUAAACGAUAUUGUUUGCUCUGAGACCGUUCCCGGAAAUAUUGCAGUUUAGCGUACACAGUUAUGUUUGCUAAAGUUAUGCUUUUAAUGGCCCGACAGCAAAUGAAAUAGUGAAAAAGUUAACGUUAAAAUAAAGUUCAUUAGCUGUGUGCUUCAUGUGUUUAAUUAAGUGCGUAAAACACAGCUAUCAUACAAUUUGCAUACUCGAUGCCAGGCGUUAACCACAGCGGUCGACGAGACUACGAUUCAUAGCAGAUCGUAACAAAAAAUAUCAAAGAACAAAAACAUGAGUGUAGAGGAUACUGGCACGAAUGUCAUACAUGGAUGGGGUUGCACUCCCACCGGGGACCAUCCACCAGCAACUUCCACCUCCGAAAACAACUCCUCAAAAGGCUGCUUACCUUCAACAUUCACCACAGGCUGGAGAAGAACCACCUUGUACAGUAUUCUGAUCUUCCUAAUGCUGCUCAUAUUCCUUAACAUUGGUCUCACGUUGUGGAUUAUUGGUGCUUUAAAGUUGACUAUGAAUGGUGUUGGACCCAUAAGAAUAGUGAGAGGAGGCAUCCAUGUGGACGGUCAGACUUGGGUGCUAGACAACCUGGUGGCGUCUACCAUCACCUCACAAACGGCUCAACCCAUCGCCAUCCACUCACAUCGCAACUUCACUGUUUUGGUUGCAGAACCGGACCAACCGAAUUAUUCCAAGCUAUUCAUCAAGCGUGAUAACCUUGAGUUCACUGGUCGUGCAUUACAUGUGAAUGAUGCACGAGGCAGUCCUGUGUUCUCUGCGUCCAGGGACGAAGUGCGGAUAUUCUCUGAUGCACUAGCCGUUGAUGGACCUGGCGGUGUCAAUGUGAAGACUUCCGUUCAAGUGCCUGUUGUACGCGCACCACCAGCCUUCGACUUACAUUUGGAAUCUCUGACAAGACGGUUGGACUUAAGGGCACCAGAAAACAUAUUUAUUGAUAGCAGAGCAGGAAAUAUACAAAUAACUUCACAUGGGAACAUCAAAUUAGAUUCUGUCGUCGGUAACAUUAAACUAAACGCUCAAAAUAUAGUUAUCAAUAAUUUGAAAGAAGCUGUGAGGACUGACAAGCCUAAUAAAAAUAUAAGAGGCAUGAAAGUGUACCAGCUAUGUGCGUGUGCAACGGGGAAACUAUUCCUAGCGGCUCCAGACGCGCCAUGCGUCGCGCGCGAUGACGACACUGAGCUCUGCCGAUGAUGCCCGAAGACAGCCGAGUGUACCUACAGUGAAAGAAAUAGUGAUGCACCUCAUAGCCAAAACAGACUAUAGUGCCAAAUUAGCUAAAGUAAUAAGAUGAAUAAAGUUAUUAAAAAAAAAGUAAUAAGUAAGUAGGCGAAUUGAAAAAAUAACCAUAAAUAUUUUAGUAGCAAAAGUUAGGUAAAUUAAUGUUCUCUAUUUAAAAAAUUAAGUUAUUAAUAAAUAGAAAAUAUAUUUUGCACAUUGGAAUUUGUGGAAUCAU